AUGGAUGAAGCGUUAUAUGAAGCAGAGACUGACGUUGACAGGCUGCUCAGAUCCGCAAGAGAGACCAUCGACUCUGCCCAACUCUCGGCAAUUGAGCAUUUCCAGUUGGGGCUUCUUCUUACCUACACUACAUUCAAGGCUGGCGCUGCGCAGUUAAUUUUGAAAGCCGCCCAUGAGCCUGGCAAAUGUGUCGAAGAUAACCUCAGAUCAGUGAACCGGGCUUUCCAAACCCUGGCGCAAAAAUGUAAACCAAAUGAAACCCCAUGUCCGAUUUCGCCUAGAAUACCUUCUAAUUCUAUGGCAGUCUUGCCCAAUGAUCAUGAAGUACCUGUAGAGGCUGAUGCCGCUCUGCGCGAGAGAGAAAACGGCCGAUGUUGCGUGUCGGGCCUGGACAGUGGCCUUCAAGCUACGUAUAUUGUGCCGCCCCAAAUCGUGGAUGAUCCCGAUUUAUUGCCUGGAGGAGCCUUGCGACCUCAUCUCGACGCUGUUUUAUCCCCGGAGACUUCAAAUGAACUGUUCUUGCUCUUAAAAUGCUAUAGUCAGGAAAAUCAGCUGAAAAAUCUAUGGCUAAUGUCUCAGCCUUGGAAUGUCCGAAAAAGCCAUUAUGGAGACUCCUCGGUAACUGGACUUUAUGACGAGAAAUUUUACGCCCAACCAUCAUCGUCAGAUGAAACCCGUUUGCCCCUGCCAGAAGGCUUUUUGCUUGAUGUUCAAAAAGCAUUUGCAUCUAUAAGACGUCUCCAAUCCUUUGAAGAGCAAGUCCAAAACGGGCUGCCGAAGGUACCAGAAGGAAAAAUCGGCGUCUCCUUCCUGCGAGCUCUUGCUAUUAUAUUACCAGCUUUCUUGCUAUCCGCAAUUUACAAUUUGACUGUGAAGGCAGUGGCCCCUUCAAAGCGAAACUGGGUUGCUCGCGUCAAAUUUCUCCCGUUCGGCCUCUGCUUGAAAUAUGGUGGGAGCGUUUCCAAAAAUGAGGCUAAUGCCCUAUUGCUUGUUGAGAAACAUACGACCAUCCCCGCUCCUCAAUUAAUUGAUUUCACCCGUGACAAGCAUGGGACUGGAUUCUUGUUGAUGACAACAGUGCCAGGGAUACCAGCCGAAAAGGUUUACUAUUUAAUGACAUAUGAGGAACGGGAACAACUUGCAAAAGAUUUGGGAAAAUGUGUCUCUCAAUAUCGCCGCAUCAAGAAUUGCCAUCGCAGUCUUAUUUGCGACACUACUGGUGGUCCGAUUACAGACAAUCGAAUUGGUCAUAUUCCAUACGGGCCGUAUGCAACUAAAACCGCUUUUUUGGAUGACCUUACCGAGGGGCUCGAGGAGCUUCGGAGGGAACGGCCACUUUCACUACUUUACGAAAAGGAACAUGAAAUUUGUUUCACUCACUCUGACCUGCACCUCGCUAACCUCCUUCUCGAUGGGGGUCGACUCUCGGGCAUUGUUGACUGGGAGAAUGCAGGGUUCAAACCCGAAUACUGGGACUACACGAGAGCGGUGUGGGUAAAUAUGAGCAGCAAAAGAUACGCCCACCAGCUCCGCCUUGCAUUUGACAAGGACUAUCAGGAUGAAUUAGAAGCGGAACGACUAUUGUGGCGCUUGAAACCAGAAAAGGGGACUGCAUCUGCAGCUACUGAAAUCCCUGGGACCAAUGACUUGCCCAAGUACGGAGUACCUUGCCUGAUAUCGCGGAUGGCUACCCAGAGACUGCGGAUUUCCACUUCGCCCCUGGCAUGGGCGAUUGUUAACGAGCUUCACCAGUCUCGAUAUUCCCACCAUAUCCACCUCUCGAGCAACAGGAGUCCGUACAACUCAGCUGCUGGAUGUUCGAUGCAUCUUGAACCACUACUGCCGGGAUCGACUUUCUGGCACACCACCGCACCGAUAACCUCGACGUUGGCCCAAGAACCCGACAUCCAGGCCGCGACAAAUCCGCGCAGAUCCCUGGCCAGUACGACGGCCAUUCCAUGGGCUCAUUCCAUGCAUGAACCAUCCGCUUGGGCGGCUAUCAAGUUCGCCGUUGCACACCCAGAAGCUGCUGCCCUUGCGGCUGACCCUCGUCCAGUAUCCCGCGUCACAAAGCGUCAGCCUCGGCCAAACCCCAGGUCAGGUUGCGAUAAACUAAUGGGGAGCACAGAUCAAACGUCAGAUGGGGGAUCCUAUGCUAGUCUUUCCUUCUUGUCGCCGCCUUCAUACGCAGCUAAACGACUAGCUUGCUUGGUCACCAUGCAUCCUCUCGCAUCGGCUCGCUCCUCCUAA